GCAGCCGUAAGGCGUGCUCAAGGCACCUCUGCAUCCUGCUCGACUUUAUCCUGCUCGGCGUGGGUGCUCUCAACCUCGUGCAGGACCCGGUGUUCGGCCUCACCGAGAUCGGCCCCAACGGCACUCUCUCCGAAAUCCUCGUCGAUGAAGACAACAAGACCGAUUAUGCGAUCGCGCAACUCUCCACCGCCGUCGUCGGGCUCGUGGCCGCCCUCUGCUGCGCGUGCCUCUCCCAGCCGGCCGACGUCCGCCGCCGCUUCGCCGCCGGUCUGCUCUGGUGCCUUUACGCUGCGCCGGGCCUAUCUUGGCUCGGCAUCGUGGGGUGGCAGUCGGCGACCCUUGCGCAAGACUGGCGACAAGCUCGGCUGGCAAAUCUAAAAUUGCUGCUGCGUGGUGGCGGAGUUCGUCGCUGGGUUCGCCCAUCUCCUUCUGCUAUACGCCCUCUGCAAGGACGGGGGCGGCGGCUGCGGCGGCGGCGGCCGCCGCCGCCGCACAGACUUGAGCGGCACGAACUAUCGGAACAAUGCAUUCGCUCACGGCCAAGAGCCGAGCUCCGACAGACAAGCAUCCAAGUUUUUCGACUCGGGCCUCGAAGUUUGAAGCAAACAACGGGCAAAGAGCUUGCGCUUGCCUAUUGCUCGCCGAGCCGUGCGUUCGUCCGAGCUGUAUCGCGUCCGACCCGCGACCGACCGGAGCGGGGUGCAUGCGCCGCAGGGUGCGGCGGAGUCCUUGCGCUUAGAGGCGGAGACGGGCCGCGGCCAACACACUAUGAAUGUCACAUUUCUGUGUACUAUCCCCACCGGAAUUUCCGGUGUUGCGCAUGACCACACACAUUAUGCCUGCACAUGUGCAGAAAGACAUGAGAGAAAGGAAUUAUUUUUCUGGUGUAAACAAAGAAAGAAAA